AUGUGGUUUCAAAAAACUAUCAAUUUAAAAUCCAAAUCUCGUGGAUGUCAUUUAAUCACCAAUGAAAUCGAGAAACAAAUUCCCGACAUUCAAAAUUUGAAGAUAGGAAUGGCCAAUAUUUUUAUUAAACAUACUUCCGCUUCACUUUGUUUAAAUGAGAAUGUUGACCCGGAUGUAAGGACAGACAUGGAGAUGGCAUUAAACAAAAUUGUCCCUGAAAAUUUCCCAUACAUUCAUACCGCCGAAGGAUCCGACGAUAUGCCUGCACACAUUAAAAGUGCUCUGUUUGGUGCUUCUUUGAACAUACCCAUUUCAAAUAGUAAAUUAAAUCUUGGUACUUGGCAAGGCAUUUGGUUAUGCGAACAUAGAAAUUACGCAUCCGGAAGAACAGUUGUCGUAACCUUAAAUGGCGAAAAAAAGGUCCUCCAAGACUUUCGUAAAAUCAAAGUACAUCUUAUACUUAUUGAUACUUAUUGGAAGAAUGAUGAUGUUGUGUCAAGAAAUUGUACUAUAUCUAAAUCUAUUCUCGUCAAGAUUUACAGGGAUCAAGUACUUUUUUAUACGGUCCCGCGAAAAUGCGCAGAAGCAAUGCAAAAUUUAAUGAAACAUAAAUAG